ACAACUUUAUUAACACAACCUGUGCGCGCACAGUUGCCCUUCAGUAAAGCCUGAGCCGUCCAGCCUUCACUCGAGCGCGUUCCUCGGCGUACCUGGAAUAACAAGCGACGUUACGUCAACGGAAAACUACCCCGCUGUGGAACAUGGCGGCGAGGAUGUUGCCCGUUGUGAAACUGGCCACCAAGGUGACCAUUGGAGGAGGAGCUCUGUACGUCGCCUGGGACUCUGGUCUGUUGGGAAGCAGCGAGCAGGGCUCCGAAGCCCUGCAGAAGGCCAAGGCUGCCAUACCCCCCGCCAUUGAGGAGUGGAUGAAGUACUUCGGCCUGGAGACUCAGCUUCCAAACAUACCUAAAGUUGAAUUCUCCCCGGUUCAGGCGUGGAACUCUGGGGUGAGGCAGUCAAUUUCAACUCUUUCGGAGGCUCCAACAAAUGCAACUAAAUACACAAAUCAGGGUUUGCAGUACCUGAAAGACCUCGCCAAGUGAACAGGAGCUCUCUGGACCACCUGACAUUUAUCAAUCUUUUUUGAGUUUUGCACUUAAGAAAAUGACAUUUACUUCUUCAAAAAGUUGUCGUCCCCUCCCAAGAAAGAAGAAACACCCCAACAUGAAAGAAAAGUUAGACCAAAAGAAGCAGUCUCUUGAAAGGGUUACAUAAGUGAUAUGGGCAGUGUAUUGUACAUAAUGCUUGGAAGAUACAUUUUAUUUUGAAAAACGUUUUCAUUUAGUGUAUACCACCAUAUUUAAUGUUGCUCAUUUAUGUCUAAUAUACAGUAUUCAACUCCCCUUUUGUUCUCAAACCACCCAUGAAGAGAGUGCCUGUUGUGUAUAUUUAUAAGCAGUUUCAUCAUUUGUGACUGAGUAAUACAUCCAUCUUAAAAACGAGCCCCAGUUUUUCUGUUUUGAUUCAUUGAGGCAAAAGUGGAAACUGAACAUUAAUCUAGGCGGCGCGUUCAAAGAACAAGUCCAAGCAAAUAUGCAAAACUCUUUUAUUACUCAUGGCAGAAUAACAAUGACACAAAUUGCCUGUUGACGCUGCUACAACUUGAGAACAGGAAGUGAUUUUAAUGCGUGAAGACGACUUGUGUACAGUCAUUUGUUAACACAACACCGAAGCACCACACAGCACCGCGAGCGGUGAGGUACAGUGUAAACCUCUUUCUUUUUUUUUUAUGUGGGUUUAACAAACCGUACCGAUUCUGCCACACGUUGUCACUGCUCCACUGUCAAAAUAAAGUUUUCACUGUUGAGAUUAUACAGUAACAGGA